CGCCAGCUCGCAGAGCGUCUUCCGGUGCGGGCUGCGCCUGUCCUUAUCAUGGGGACAAUUCAUCUAUUUCGAAAACCACAAAGAUCUUUAUUUGGCAAGUUAUUACAGGAAUUUAGACUUGUGGCAGCUGACCGAAGGUCCUGGAAGAUACUGCUCUUCGGUGUAAUUAAUUUAACAUGUACUGGUUUCCUGCUUAUGUGGUGCAGUUCUACUAACAGUAUAGCUUUAACUGCCUAUACUUACCUGACCAUUUUUGAUCUUUUUAGUUUAAUGACUUGCUUAAUAAGUUACUGGGUAAUGAUGAGGAAACCUAGUCCAGUGUAUUCAUUUGGAUUUGAAAGAUUAGAAGUUCUAGCUGUAUUUGCUUCCACAGUCUUGGCACAGUUGGGAGCUCUCUUUAUAUUAAAAGAAAGUGCAGAACGCUUUUUGGAGCAGCCCGAGAUACACACGGGAAGAUUACUAGUUGGUACUUUCGUGGCUCUUUCUUUCAACCUGUUCACGAUGCUUUCUAUUCGGAAUAAACCUUUUGCUUAUGUCUCUGAAGCUGCUACUACAAGUUGGCUUCAAGAGCAUGUUGCGGAUCUUAGCCGCAGUUUGUGUGGAAUUAUUCCAGGACUUAGCAGCAUCUUCCUUCCCCGGAUGAAUCCAUUUGUUUUGAUCGAUCUUGCUGGAGCCUUUGCCCUUUGUAUUACAUACAUGCUAAUUGAAAUUAAUAAUUAUUUUGCUGUAGACACUGCCUCUGCCAUAGCCAUCGCUCUGAUGACAUUUGGCACUAUGUAUCCCAUGAGCGUGUACAGUGGAAAAGUAUUACUCCAGACAACACCACCCCAUGUUAUUGGUCAGUUGGAUAAACUUAUCAGAGAGGUUUCUACAUUGGAUGGAGUUUUGGAAGUCCGAAAUGAACAUUUUUGGACCUUAGGUUUUGGAACAUUGGCCGGAUCAGUGCAUGUAAGAAUUCGACGAGAUGCAAAUGAACAAAUGGUUCUUGCUCAUGUGACCAAUAGACUGUACACUCUAGUGUCUAUUCUGACUGUUCAGAUUUUCAAGGAUGAUUGGGUUAGGCCUGCCUUACUGUCUGGGCCAGUUGCAGCCAAUGUGCUAAACUUUCCUGAUCAUCACAUAAUCCCAAUGCCUACUUUAAAGAACACUGAUGAUUUGAACCCUGUCACGUCGACUCCAGCCAAACCUAGUAGUCCACCUCCAGAAUUUGCAUUUAACACCCCUGGAAAAAAUGUGAACCCAGUUAUUCUUCUGAACACACAGACAAGACCUUAUGGUUUGGGCCUUAAUCAUGGACACACACCUUAUAGCAACAUGCUUAAUCAAGGACUUGGAAUUCCAGGAAUUGGAGCAACCCAUGGAUUUAGGACUGGCUUUCCAAAUAUACCAAGUAGAUAUGGAACUAACAAUAGAAUUGGACAACCAAGACCAUGAUGAAUUGCAAUUUAACUUAUUUUUAUGAGGAAUAUUGACUCCUUGAUUUCCAGUUUAUCAAGUGAUUCACCUUUGCAUUGACUGUUAAAUCAUUUAAAUGUUAGAGAACAGUAGGCUUGUUCACAUUUCAUGAAACUAUUUUUGUAAAUGUAUUUGGGACUGUGAGAUCCUUCUAAAUGUUAUAGGCGUUAAACAGGCUUCCUUUAGAAAGCAUAUUUAUCUAAAUUUGAACUUUGCUAUCUUUGAUUUUGUAUUUGACUGCAGUGUGAAAUGACAUUACCUUUAUGAGAGAGCCAUGUGAUGGAGUCAGUCUGUCACAUUAUUAAAAAUAUAAUCCUUUCUUAAGUAAAAUUUGUAAAUAUGCUCCUUGAAUAAUGAUACACAUUUUAGGAAAGGGAAAAGAUGUCCAUUCUAAAAGUAAAUAUUGUUUUUAUAGCUUUUCCAAACUUAAUUGCUACAUUUUUCUUUCCAAUCCUCCUGAAUUAUGUCUUGCAAAGAAAAAGCAAGCUUUUUAUUAGAAAUUUUAGAACAUAUUCUAUCUAGCAUAAUAUUUUUUAAAUUAUCAGAUUUUUUAAAAUCAUUUUUACCAUUAAAAAUUUUCAAUAUAUUUGUAAAUAGUCCAUGUUCUCUAAAAUGUUUUAUUUUGGUUAAAUGAAUACCAAAUGCUUUGGUGAUGUGCAAUGACAGGAUCCUAGUUUUCUAUCUUAUAUUUAAUCAGACACUGACAUGAUGACAUUUUAUCUUUUUUGUCACCUUGAUUGGUUUUAAUUUCCCAUUAGUAAGAUAUAUUAAAUAUAUUACCAAAAUAUAUGGAAUUCCAUACAUAGUAUGGAAUUUGAUAUCUUUUUAAAGCUACAUAAACAAAAGCAUAAUGGACCUUAGAUUACAGAAUACAGUAUUAUUAGAUUUGCAACAGGCUGUUUCUAAUGUAUUUUUGCUUUGUCAAAAAUAGUGGAAUGUUAGCCAUUAUUACCCCAAUAAUGAAUUGUGAUGGAGUAUGAGAAUCAUGUAGAUUAUUUUUUGAUUAUUUACAAAUGCAUAUGUUAAGGUCUUUCCAACAUGACCAGUAUUAUAAAAAGUAUAAUAAGCAGCAGUAAUACUUACCUAUGUUGUUUUUUUAAACAUUUUAAUCAUGUGUUUUAUAUUUAAGUUAUGAUAACUAAAGGAUUUUAAGAGAGGGUUUUAAGGGAUAUUAAGAGUGGAUUCAACUUUUCUAAAAUUCAGUACCCCUGUGGAUUUAUUACUUUCGCCCUCAGGUAGUUCUCUUAGAGAUUUUUGUUUGCAUAGAAUUUGCAACAGUUUCUUCAAUCAACUCAUUCUCUUUUAUUUUAAAUCCUGCUUCUUUACCAUGGAGUAAUGCCCAAGAAGCCAUCUCUGUCAAGCAGAAUUGUGUCUUCCUGUAAUAAUUAGUGACUAUGUCCCAAAUAACUUGAGUGUGGUGUCCUUUAUAUCUGCAACCCUUUUGACCUAUUUGACCUGCUGAAGAAAUAAGAGCCUACAUUACCUUGACAACAGGGCAAAAUGAAACUCUGUAAAAUGUAAUAAGGCAACCUGUUUCUUAUCCUUUGUCUUAAUGUUCUCCAACCAUUAUUAUCCCAAUUAUUGAUCUACUG